AUGAAAGAGAUCAUCUACAUUCAGGCCGGGCAGUUCGCGAACUACGUCGGAACUCACUUCUGGAACACGCAAGAAAGCUACUUUACGUACGAAGAGGGCGAAGAAUCGGAUGUCGUCCAUGACGUCUCUUUCAGAGAGGGACUGACACAAAACGGCGAAUCGACAUUUUGUCCCAGGUUGCUGCUCUUUGAUAGGAAGGCCCAUUUUGGACCCCUGUCGAGCGCAAGUGGCCUGUAUGGGUCAGAAACGGGCGGUGAAGAGGAAGCUACGGCAUCAUGGAGCGGCAACGUGGUGGAGUACCGUCAAGAACGCAUCCCAGAAAGCGACUACCACAAAUCUCUUAACGCUGAAGAAGUCGAGCGGGAAAGUCCCCACGCGGAGACUGGCGAACACUCGCACGCAGCCGACACGCAGAAGGGGAAUGUGCGCUACUGGUCGGAUUUUAGUCGUGUCGACUUCCAUCCGCGUUCGUUGCAAAAGUUGCCGGACUUGCCGGAGUGGAAAAGCUAUGCGGGCGAUUGGAAUUUGGGUAAAGAGAUCUUUAAGCAGCAUGACAAGGGGAUUGAAGUCAUCAAUGACACUCCAGCAUACGGCGGUUUUACCGACGCAUUUCUUACUGCAUUCCGGGACGAGUUCCCCAAGAUCCCGUGCCUGAGCGUCCCGCUUCUCUCUCACAUAUGCCCUGGGACGCUGGAGGCAGAUGAGGAACGUGGCAUGGCGCGUGUGAUCAACGACGCGCUUUGUCUGCGUAGCUUGGAUACUCUGGCCACUAUGAGUAUACUAAUUCAGGCGCCAGAGACGUGGACGACGGGGGAGUGGCUGCACGGGAUAAAUCUAAACCGCAACAGCCUCUACCAGACAUCUGCAAUCAUUUCGGCGCACUUAGAAAGUUCCACCCUCCCUUUACGAUUAAAGGGAUCGACCGAUGAUCUCACUAGCGCUUGCGAGAUGCUGAAUAGAGAAGGAGAAACGCGCUUCGCACAGCUCUCCGGCGUGUUCCCGCUCCAUUCGCCUGUCCAGCCAGACAGAGACUUCGUACGGAGGAUGUACGACUUUUCGGCAUUCCCGGGCAGUGGCGGGGCGGUGCCGCACGCGGAGCAUGAAAUUCUGGAUUAUGCUAAGAUCUACGUCGCUCGCGGAUUCUCGGCUUCCGAUCGUCGAACAUUCGACAAGUGGUGCGAGCCGCACAGACCAGUCCCAUACAACAUCUAUGCUCCAGCUUACCCAAUUCCCACUUCCUUCCCACCGUUCCUCACUUCACCACCUCCCCCUCCCCCUCCACAUACAGCAUCCCACCAUCCCAGCACGCCAGCCCACGCGCACGUUCCCACCGUUCGCGUGCUCUCCUCGUUCUGCACGACCCCUCACACUGCGAGGCUGUUCGGCGCGUACGCGCAGGCUGUGGAGGAGUGUGCGGCGCAUCGACCGACCGUGCUCGAGACGAUGGGUGUGGAGCGCGACGAGGCGAAGGAGUUGAAGGAUGUGCUGUGGGCGCUGAGAGAUGGAUAUGCGGGUGCGGAGGGUGUGGUGGAGGAGCCGGAGUUGGGGGAGGACGAGCAGUAA